AUGCCUUCGGUCAAAGACACUUGCCUGUAUACAGUCAUCAUACAGAGACAAGAUACUCGAAACAAGACGAUCCGAGCCGUUCUUUUCAACGAAGCGAUUGACACUUUUCAGUCAACUCUAACGCUACACGUCAAGACACCAGAAACGAUAGCAUAUGUUCGCUCUACAGCGUCCUCCCUCCUACGAGAACGGAUCAAGAGAAUCGUUCUGUACAUCCAUUUCGACCAUGACAACCAUUUCUUGUGGUGCAUGCGACUCUUUGAGCUACAGGCCGUGCUUCCGGCCUUGACUCACAUCAACGUCGAAUAUCAUAUGCGGCCACCAUCCAGCUACAACAAUGUUCUAGACGUUGUCCUGUUCUACAUGCCUAUUCUGGAACUUGGUCCGAGCCUCAGUCCACCUCGAUUUGUGGCCAAGUCGGACAGUCGAUUGGAUCAUACUCGGUUCUACCUCGAUCAAGCUAAUUCCAACAGCGUGAUACCAUGCACUGAUCAUGCUGCUGGUCUGACGAUACAUACCAGCUACAUGAAGCAUGAACGUCUGUUUGAUGCAGAGUGGCUUGGCGAGAUUUGGACAAAUGAUGCAAUCGACGAGCACACUGGGGUAGUUCGCGAUCUCUUCCACGAUGCGAGAUUUGUCGCUGCUGCUCAUCAUGUCGUGAUGUCGAAUCGCCAAGCGAUAGACGCUUGGGUGUCCGCCUCGUAUCCACCUGAUGAGUAUUCUAGCACUGUGAUCGAGCGCGGUCUUCCGGACAAAACUUAUGUUCCCGCUCUUCACGAAGCUCUUGUUCAGGUAGCGCGGCGACACGAAAGACCGUUCUUUGAGAAACUACAAAAACGUCGCAUAGUCGAGAUAUAUAGGAUACGCAGCGGCAUGACCAGAGCAGAGGCUGAGAGGUUGCUUGACCGGCAGUUGCAAUCCUUACCUGAAGGUCAGGGUAUUGAGAAUUUCAUCGAGAGGAUGAUGAAUAACGAUGAAACUGAAGAUCCUUGGCAGGCAAUGGACUUUGAUGCAGAUGCUGAAUUGCAGCGAUAA